CAAUCGGCGUCUCUAUUGGACGAGCCAAUCAACAGCGGCGCUGGUCUGGCGCGGGGUCAGAGCCGCGGAGGCGGAGCGGGCGCUGCGGCAGGAGGGAAGAUGGCGGACGAGGAGAAGCUGCCGUCCGGCUGGGAGAAGCGUAUGAGUCGCAGCUCAGGCCGGGUAUAUUACUUCAAUCACAUCACCAACGCCAGCCAGUGGGAGCGGCCCAGUGGUGGCAGCACUAUUGGAGGCAGCAGCAAGAAUGGCCAGGGUGAGCCUGCCAGGGUGCGCUGCUCACACCUGCUGGUGAAACACAGCCAAUCUCGGAGGCCCUCGUCCUGGCGGCAGGAAAAAAUCACCAGAAGCAAGGAGGAGGCCCUAGAGCUGAUCAAUGGCUACAUUCAGAAGAUUAAGUCAGGAGAGGAAGACUUUGAAUCUCUGGCCUCACAGUUCAGUGAUUGCAGCUCUGCCAAAGCCAGGGGAGACCUGGGUGCCUUCAGCAGAGGUCAGAUGCAGAAACCGUUUGAGGAUGCAUCGUUUGCUCUACGGACAGGGGAGAUGAGUGGUCCAGUGUUCACGGAUUCAGGCAUCCAUAUCAUCCUGCGCACAGAAUGAGGGCAGGCACAGGCCAGCCUGCUCGGGCUGCAACACAGCCCAUGGACACCCUUCCUGCUACUGUCACACAGUAUUUAUUGUUCCUAAAAUGACUGGGAGGGGGGCUCUGAGAUGGGGACUCUGAGCACUCUGCUCCCUGUUUGCCCUCAUUUGGGGCUGUCCUAGCCAGGCUCCUUCUGGAGGAAUUGACUUCAGAAGAGCAAUGGGGGUGGGGAGGCCCCCAGGCUCGGGAUCAGAGGUGACCUGAUCCCCCAGGUCUCAGAGGCAGGCAGGAGGGCCUUUUUCCUUGUUAGUUAUAUGCUCUGUUCCUCUGUUCAGUUGCAAAAAGCAGACGCUUCAUACUUGGCGAUGCAGCAACUCAGCCUCAGGGUACAAUGCAGUGCCCCAUGCACCUUCCAUUAAAUGUGGAACCACUGGUUGGUGGUCCUGUAUCAUUAC